AUGCCGGAAUCCCUCCUCUGGAUUAAUAAAGACAGCGGCUCCGCCGUUCUUUCACGGAGCUCAAAAGCCGAAACCAGGCAGAUUCGCAAACAUGUCCAGCACGAAAGACAGCUGAGAGCCAGAGCCGCUGCCCAAGAUACAGCCGCCAAAUCCACACCGACAGUUGACAGAUCCCUUCAACAAAACAAACGAAAGGAACACUCAAAGCUUGAAUCGACACCUGUCGCGCCAAGACAACCAGACCUUCGGCUGGAUACAAAUGUACAAGUUCAUAGUCCUGACUACCAUCGUUCUUUACUCUCGGCUUCUCUAUCUCCAACCAUCCGAUCCCCAAACACUUAUUCAAACCGCAUUUUGCAGGCCGUGAGCACGUUCCCAGGACUUGAACCUCAAGAGUUGCGCAGUCUGGUCUUCUUCUGCCAGAGAACGGCCCCGGAGUGGUCCGGCUGGAGGGACGCAACAUUCUGGAACAAACUUAUCCUUCAAGCAUGUCACAUGAAUCGAUCUAUACUUCACGGAGUAGUUGCUCUCGGUGCGCUUCAUGAAUCCUCAGAGGUAGACCGAGAGUCGGACGAACGUUCUAACUUGCAGGAACUGGCUCUACAUCAAAGCAGCAAGGCUUCCCGAAUGGCGUAUGAAACUGCGAUGUCGGAUAUUGCAACUCUGAUCUCCUGUGUCAUUUUCAUUUGUUUACAGAACCUGCAGGACAGUCAUACCGCGUAUCAGCUACUCAAAUCCGGACAUAGCUUGACCACGGAUAUCGACAAAAGACUAGGAUCUGGCGAACUCAUGCUUUCUGACAGCGAGAAGACUGUCCUCAACAACUUCCUCCGGCCCAUCAUCGAACGGUUGCGCAUGAGGUUCUGCAGUAUCGUCGACAUCCCUUCCGCUUUGGCCCUCAGCGCGGCGAUCAAAAGAAACAAAAUAGAGCAUCGCCUGACGCUGCCAGAUAUUCCUUACUGCUUUGGAAACCUCUUGGAGGCGCGCAACAAGCUCGAAGAGAUUGUGGACUGGGCACAAGAAAACAUUGACCCGUCGUUCUUACUCGGUGAACAGCGCUCACAGGCACAGGCUUUGCUGGCAAACUGGAAUGCGGCUCUCGAUGGCACUGGAAUCACCGCGUUUGAGCGAUACGAGGCCCUGAUCACAUCUAAGAAGCUCCUUAGAGCCGCUGCACUGGUUGCCUCCAUACUUUUCGAUACCCUCGGGACGAGUGAAGAAUGCAACUACGACCGACAUAUUGACAAAUUUGCAGUGAUUAUUGACCUAUACAAGGACGCGAUCGGCGACCCUGUUCGAGCUCCUAGGAGGACCUCAUUUGGAAUCGACUCUGGUGUGAUCGAUACGUUGGCCUUUGUUGCUGGAAGAUGCCGCGAUCCAGCUAUUCGAAGGUCUGCUAUCGAUUUACUAGCGCAGACAAACCGGACUGAAGGCGACCUGCAGGGCUGUGCCGGUAGCACCAUCUUACAUGCACUGAUGGAACUUGAAGAAAAUGGUGUCAAUGCGACAGAAGCGAGCGAUGUUCCAGAAUCUCAAAGAUUGCGCAUCUGGGAGGAUCAUCAAUAUUGGGAUACUGGCAAGAUUCAAAUUUUCUUUGUCAACUGGCCCUACGACCCGUCCUUGGGUGCCGACGUAAAGACAGCGUCUGUCUACCUGCCUUUGAAGGCUUUGAGAACGGCAAAGGAAAAGGCUGCUCCCGGUAGUCCCACAGGACUACCGAACGUCAAAUACGGUCGGGGUGUCGGAGCGUUCUUGGAAGAAGGCACACAAACCUAUCAUCAGAUCACAUUAUCUUCGUUCUUUAUGCCAAUGCCGCGGUUGUGA